CUUUUACACAAUCUCUUUCUUCCCCCCUCUCUGGCCAGCCGAAACAUCACUCGAACCGCAAUGGCGCCUCCCCGCGGCGGAGCUGCUGCGGCCGCUCCCGCCGCACUGGACCUGACCGGCGUGCACAUUCUAGAAGCUUCCAGCGUCCCCCCGCUUCCCGAACGCGGCGGAAAUGCGGUCCAAAGGAAGGAGGCUGUUGACCCGGAUAAAGAUAGGAAGAAGGAGAAGGCUGCGGCACCGAGGAUCACCGGUUGGGGGCUCCGCGAGUACAGCAAAAUAGUUUGUGAGAAAGUUGAAGCCAAAGGAAGAACAACAUACAAUGAGGUUGCAGAUGAAAUUUAUUCAGAGCUGAAGUCCAUGGCACAUAUUGGUCAAGGGUUUGAUGAGAAGAACAUUAGGCGGAGAGUGUAUGAUGCUUUCAACGUUCUCAUUGCACUUCGUGUUAUUGCAAAAGAAAAAAAGGAGAUACGUUGGAUGGGCCUUUCAAAUUAUAGAUAUGAAAAGAUAAAGAAGCUGGAGGAAGUUCGCAAAGAACUCACCAACAAGAUUAGGAACAAGAAGGCACUCCUCCAGGAAAUCGAAAAACAGUUUGAUGAUCUCCAAAACAUCAAGUUACGUAACCAAACACUGGAAAGCUCAGCGGAGAAUGUUAAUGGCAUCCGCCUUCCAUUCGUACUGGUCAAGACAUCUAGGAAAGCAAGGGUGGAAAUUGAGAUUUCAGACGACUCAAAGUUUGCCCAUUUCGAGUUCAAUGGUGCACCAUUCACAUUGCAUGAUGAUCUCUCAAUCCUUGAGGGGAUAAGGCGUAACAGCAUAGGAAGAGCUGGCCGCGCCACCCUUCACUAGAGACUCAAGAAUAUUACAAAUGAAUUAAAAGUUGUCAGAACUGGCACAGCCAGAUUCUUUUGCACAGCUAUGUAUAGCUAUAUAUCCUCAUGAAAACUUGACCUAGUUUAUAGGACGAUCUCUCAGGCUUGAGAAGAUUUUAACCUGCAAAUUUUGUCUCCUUUUUGUGCCUAGCAGGUUAUUAGGUCUAAGAUAGAUGAUUCGUAUAUGUGCUGCUAUGUAAACAUUGGAUAGCAGCUUCGGAGUACAAGCUUCGUUGAUUAUCAUU